UUAACACAAUUUUUAUAUCUAUUUCCAAAAAAAUUCAAAUAAGUUACAACUUUUAUUUAAAAAAAAAAAAAAACAAAACCGGAUAAAAAAAAGCUUUCAUGAAUGUCUAACCUAGAGGCUCCUCCUAUGGCCACUUCGGAAAACAUUGGAAAUGGGAUUAUGAGUACAAGAGAAGAGGCUAAUGAAGGAAGAAGAGAAAAUGUAAGUACUGAAAAUACAAGAACUGGACAACAAGGAAGACAAGACUUAGAGAACUGGCUACCAAUAACUGCAUCUAGGGAAGCCAAGUGGUGGUAUUCAACUUUCCACAAUGUAACAGCUAUGGUGGGUGCUGGUGUUCUUGGCUUGCCUUUUGCAUUGUCUCAACUUGGCUGGAUUGCUGGAACAUCAGCCAUAACUAUUUCUUGGUUGAUAACUUUCUACUCACUUUGGCAACUUAUUGAAUUACAUGAAGUGGUGCCUGGAAAGCGAUUUGAUAGAUAUCCAGAACUUGGACAGUUUGCUUUUGGCCCAAAAUUAGGGUAUUGGAUUAUCAUGCCCCAACAAACACUUGUUCAAGUUGCAACAACCAUUGUUUAUACAGUAACAGGGGGAAAGUCACUGAAGAAGUUUGUCAAUUUGGUCUUUCCAAGACUCAGUAAUAUCAGACAAACCUACUUCAUCCUUUUCUUCACUGUUCUGCAAUUUUUGAUCUCUCAAACUCCAAAUUUUAAUUCACUCAAAUCAGUUUCCUUACUCGCAGCUGUCAUGUCUUUCUGUUAUUCAAUGGUGGCUUUUGUAGCAUCAACCAUUAGGGGGACCGAAAAUCACCCGACAAGAUAUGGAGUUAGAUCUCACACAACUCCUGGCAUUGUCUUUGAUGUUUUAAAUGGAAUUGGAACUAUAGCAUUUGCUUAUGCAGGACAUAGUGUAGUUCUGGAGAUACAAGCUACAAUCCCAUCAACUCCAGAAAAUCCUUCCAAAAAGCCCAUGUGGAAAGGUGUUGUUCUUGCUUAUAUCAUUGUUAUCAUUUGUUAUCUUUCAGUUGCUGUUUCUGGGUUUUGGGCUUUUGGUGAUCUUGUAGAAGAUGAUGUUCUUAUUUCACUGGAAAAGCCCCCCUGGCUCAUUGCUGUUGCCAAUGUCAUGGUGUUUUUCCAUGUCCUAGGAAGCUACCAGGUUUUUGCCAUGCCAGUUUUUGACCAAAUUGAGUCAUAUUUGGUACUCCAAAAGAAUUUCACUCCUGGACGACUUCUUCGCAUUGUUGCUCGUACCACAUACGUAGCUUUGACAGGAUUUAUAGGUAUUUGCAUCCCAUUUUUUGGAGGAUUGCUUGGAUUUUUUGGUGGGCUCGUUUUCGCAUCUACAUCAUAUUUUAUCCCUUGCAUCAUGUGGCUCAAAAUUCAUAAACCAAAGAUAUGGAGCCUUCAUUGGAUUGCAUCAUGGGUUUCUAUUAUUGUUGGUGUAUUGAUAGCACUCCUAGCACCUAUAGGAGGAGUAAGACAAAUAGUAGUUUCAGCUAAAACCUAUAAGGUGUUCUCUUAGGAGUUUUUAGAUUUUCUAAGUUAGCAAUACAGAUUGUCUUCAUUAAGCUAAGAGUAGGAACUAAUUCUAAUUGUAAGGUGUUAGAAGAGAUUAUAUGUAAUAAAUAAAUGGAAUAUUUGUAUGA